AUGGGGUACCUGAUAGAGAUAGAACAUUUUAAAUCAUAUACAGGUCGCCAAAUCAUCGGUCCUUUCCAUAAAUUCACCGCAAUUAUUGGACCCAAUGGAUAGCGUAAGUCAAUGAUAUUAGAUGCCAUUAGCUUUGUGUUGGUCAGUAACCUCCAUGUCAAAACGCUGAAAGAUCUCAUCCAUGGCGCCCCCGUGGGCAAACCAGCUUCCAAUCGUGCCUCUGUUGGCAUGGUGUACUGUAAAAAUGGAGAUGAAUGCACCUUCACAAGAGUCAUCAUAGGUUCCUCCUCUGAAUAUCAGAUCAACAAUAAAUUGGUGGGGCUCUCAGAGUACAGUGAAGAGCUGGAGAAACUGGGCAUCCUGAUAAAAGCCAGGAACUUCCUUGUCUUCCAGGGAGCAGUAGAAUCCAUCGCUAUGAAAAACCCUAAAGAGCGGACCGCCUUGUUUGAGGAGAUCUCACGUUCUGGUGAGCUGGCGCAGGAGUAUGACCACAGGAAGAAGGAAAUGGUCAAAGCAGAGGAGGACACGCAGUUCAACUACCAUCGCAAAAAGAAUAUUGCCGCCGAACGCAAAGAAGCCAAGCAAGAAAAGGAGGAAGAUGAACGGUACCAGAGAAUUAAGGACGAGGUGGCGAGGGCUCAUGUCCAGUUGCAGCUCUUUAAGCUGUAUCACAAUGAGGCAGAGAUCGAGAAACUUAAUCGGGAGCUCUCCCGCCGCAACCGUGAGAUUGAGAAAGACAGGAAAAAGAUGGAUCACGUUGAGGAAGAGCUGAAGGAGAAGAAGAAGGAGUUGGGAAGGAUGAUGAAGGACCAGCAGAAUGUGGAGAAAGAGAUCAAAGAGAUAGAUGCUGAGCUGAAUCAAAAGCGACCGCAGUACAUCAAAGCCAAGGAGAAUACAGCUCACAAGAUUAAAAAGCUGGAGGCCGCGCGCAAGUCCCUGCAGAACGCCCAGAAGAUGUAUAAGAAGCGCAAAGCGGACAUGGAGGAGCUGGACCGGGAGCAGGGGGCAGUCGAGAUGGCCAGGCAGGAGUUUGAGGAGCGCAUGGAGGAGGAGGCGCAGAGCCAGGGACAGGACCUCCAGCUGGAGGAGAACCAGGUGAAGCAGUACCACCGGCUCAAGGAAGAGGCCAGCAAGCGGGCUGCCACACUCGCACAGGAACUAGAGAAGUUCAACCGGGACCAAAACCGUUUAGACCUUGAGGAGAGAAAGAAAUGCUCUACUCAGGCCAAGAUCAAGCAGAAAAUCAGGGAGAUAGAGGAGAACCAAAAGCCAAUUGAAAAGCUGGAGGACUAUAUUUCAACCAGCAGGCAGUCUCUGGAUGAGCAAAAGCGUCUGGAAGAGGAGCUGACUGAGGAGGUGGAGCUGGCUAAGAGGAGGAUUGAUGAGAUAAACAUGGAGCUUAAUCAGGUCAUGGAGCAGCUCGGAGAUGCCAGGAUUGACAGGCAGGAGAAUAGCAGACAGCAGCGGAAGGCUGAGAUCAUGGACAGCAUCAAGAGACUAUAUCCUGGAUCUGUGUAUGGCCGUCUGAUCGAUUUGUGCCAGCCGACACAGAAGAAGUUUCAGAUUGCGGUGACCAAGGUCCUCGGAAAGAACAUGGAUGCCAUCAUUGUGGACUCGGAGAAGACGGGCAGGGAUUGCAUCCAGUACAUCAAAGAGCAGAGGGGGGAGCCAGAGACCUUCCUGCCCCUGGACUACUUAGAGGUGAAGCCUACCGACGAGAAGCUGCGCGAGCUGCGGGGGGCUAAGCUGGUGAUUGAUGUGAUCUGUUACGAGCCGCCGCACAUCAAGAAGCCUCUGCAGUACGCCUGUGGCAACGCGCUGGUGUGUGAGGACGUGGAGGAUGCGCGCAGGAUGGCGUUGGGAGGGCCCUACAGACACAAGACCGUAGCCCUCGACGGCACCCUCUUCCAGAAGUCGGGCGUGAUAUCUGGCGGAGCGAGUGACCUGAAGGCAAAGGCCAGGCGCUGGGAUGAGAAAGCGGUCGACAAGCUGAAAGACAAAAAGGAGAAGUUGAGCGAGGAGCUCAAGGAGCAGAUGAAGUCGAAGAGGAAAGAGGCCGAGCUGAGGCAGGUGCAGGUGCAGGUGCAGUCGCAGGCACAUGGCUUACAGAUGAGGCUCAAAUACUCCCAGAGUGACCUGGAACAAACCAAAACACGCCACCUGUCUCUCAACAUGCAGGAGAAGUCUAAACUGGAGAGUGAACUUGCCAAUUUUGGCCCCCGUAUCAACGACAUCAAGAAGAUCAUCCAGUCCCGUGAGAGGGAUAUCACAGAACUCAGGGACCGUAUGAAUCUGGUGGAAGAUGAAGUCUUUCUGAAAUUUUGUGAAGAGAUUGGUGUGAGAAAUAUCAGAGAGUUUGAGGAGGAGAAGGUGAAGAGGCAGAAUGAAAUAGCUAAAAAACGUCUGGAGUUUGAGACCCAGAAGACCCGUCUGGCUAUCCAGCUGGACUAUGAGAAGAACCAGCUGAAGGAGGACCAGGAGAAAGUGUGGGAACAGACAUUGAAGAAGGACUAGAGUGAAAUUGAGCGACUUAAGAAGGAGGAGCACAGACACAUGAAGAUUAUUGAUGAAACUAUGGCUCAGCUCCAAGACCUGAAGAGCUAACACCUCACCAAGAAAUCAGAAGUGAAUGACAAAAACUGUGAAAUGGAGGAGAUUCGCAAGAAGCUUGGUUGUGCAAACAAAGAAUUGACCCAGCUGCAGAAGGAGGUGACAGCCAUUGAAACCAAACUGGAGCAGAAACGCAGCGACAGACACAACCUGCUCCAAGCUUGCAAGAUGCGAGACUUCCGGCUGCCACUCAAAUCAGGCACCAUGGAUGAUAUUAGCCAGGGGGAGGGGAGCUCCCAGGUGGAGGAAUCUGUCAGCAGUCAGAGGACCUCCAGCUCCGUGCACGCCAAAGAGGCCCUGAUAGAGAUCGACUACAGCAAUCUCUCCGAGGACCCGAAGGAUGCUCUGUCUGAGGAAGAGAUCAAGGCGGAGAUGAACACGCUGCAACAGCGACUAGUAAACGAGCAGCAGAGCGUCCUGGCGGAUCAGCGGAUCAGCGCCCCCAACAUGAAGGCCAUGGAGAAGCUGGAGAGUGUCAGGGACAAGUUCCAGGAGACCAGCAUCGAGUUUGAAGCCGCCCGCAAACGAGCAAAGAAAGCCAAGCAGGCAUUUGAACAGAUCAAGAAGGAGAGAUUUGACCGCUUCAACGCCUGCUUUGAGUCUGUUGCCACCAACAUUGAUGAGAUCUACAAAGCCCUCUCACGCAACAGCAGUGCACAGGCCUUCCUGGGCCCAGAGAACCCAGAGGAACCCUACUUAGAUGGCAUCCCAAUCACAAACACAGAGACCCACAGUAUGCUGUAG